CAGGUGCAAGCCACCGAUCCCGAUUGCGGCGUAAACGCGAUGGUCAAUUAUACCCUGGCUGGCGGUCGACUGGAAAACGAGCAACUCCUGGUGCGCAGUGAUACGGGGGAUAUUUGCGUUCGGUCGCCUCUGGACAGAGAAACGGCGCCUUAUCUCGAGCUACCUGUCAUUGCCACCGAUCGAGGUGGAUUAAGUACGAUAGCGAUCGUUCGUAUACAAGUGACAGAUGUGAACGAUAACUGGCCGAUUUUCGAGCCGCGCAAAUAUAACGUGACUUUGCGUGGCGACAACCUCGUGCACGGUCCAAUCUUGAAGCUAGAAGCGACCGAUCUCGAUGCCGGUCUUUCCGGUCAAGUGACCUAUCGCAUAACCAGCGGCAACGAGGCCGGAGUCUUUCGCAUCGAUCGUAAUACCGGCGAGCUGCAUGUGGCAAGACCGAUCUUGCUUUCGCGAUCGCCGUCGUAUCAGCUCAACGUGACGGCGACGGACGUGGUCGGUCUGAAGAGCCUCGUUGAUGCCGAGGUCAAGGUCACCGUCUCUUCCGCCGGACACAGACUCCUCAGCAUCUGUGAGAAACCGCGUUACACUUUCACGGUCAAGGAAAAUAGCCCGCAGAACAGCAUCGUCGGCGACGCAAGGGACUUUCCGGUACUGUCAACACACACAGGCGAACGACCAAGCAGGUUUUAUCUGGUAAGAGAGGAAGCUGAUCUCUCGUUGGAUCCCAACACGGGGAUGCUGAGGAUUCGACAGCCGCUCGAUCGAGAAUCACGUGACAAAUAUGUUCUCAGCGUCGAAGCACGUAAUGGCGGCUCCGUUGGAUAUUGCCAGAUGGAGUUGGUCGUGGAGGACGUAAACGACAAUACGCCGUCCUUCCGCACGACUAGCGUUCGCAUCUCGGUACCGGAAUCUCAUCCUCUUCACGUACCCCUGUACGUGGCGCAUGCUACCGAUCCGGACACCACGCCAUCGUUGCUGAUACGCUACGUUCUCGGUCAAAACAGCAACGACCUCUUCGAGAUAAACGCGCGCACCGGCGAACUCUAUUUGGUGAGACGAUUGGAUUACGAGACUCAGCAGAGGCACGGUCUUCUGAUAAGGGCCCUGGACGGCGCUGGGCUCUCGGCUAACCUUAGCCUGAGCGUCGAGGUGCAGGACGUGAAUGACAACCCCCCAGUGUUCGAGAGGAACGAGUAUCACGUGGAUGUUCCCGAAGGCGCCAGGCUCGAUUCUCAGAUUCUUCAGGUAACCGCGGUAGAUCUGGAUACGGGAAACAAUGCUAGACUGAGCUAUCGUCUCCAUGGUUCCACCGCCUUUCGCAUCAGCUCCACCACCGGCUGGAUCUACUUGGCGCAGAAUUUGGACCGUGAAACUGUCGAUCGGCACGCCUUGACAGUUCUUGCGAUCGAUAACGGGUCUCCCGCAGCGACCGCGAGUACCUCUGUGCUGGUGACAGUUUUGGAUGACAACGACAACGAUCCGCGCUUCGAGAGGGAUUUUUACAGAUUUGAGCUGCUCGAGAAUCUUCCUUCGGGUACUGUGGUUGGCUCUGUGAGCGCUAUUGAUCCCGAUCUCAGCAAGAACUCUCGCCUCAGAUACGCAGUGGUUCAAGUUAACAGCAGCUUCACCGUGGAUCCUGACACAGGCGUGAUCACCACGCGGGAGCCUCUCGAUCGAGAAGUGAAAGAUGUUCAUGAGCUGGUCCUGGAGGCGCGGGAUCAAGGAACACCGUCCAGGGCCGCCAGGGUACCUUUGAAGGUCAAGAUUUUAGACGUUAAUGACAACUCGCCUGAAAUUGUCGAUCCUCAGGGGGACGUCGUUAGCGUCAGGGAGGAGCAACCACCGGGAACGGAAGUCGCCCGAGUGCGAGCCCUGGACAUGGAUCUCGGUGAGAACGCUUCGGUGACCUACAGUAUCUUGAAAGACCGAGAUUCAGACGGUUACAACGUCUUCACCAUCGACCCGAUCACCGGCAUGAUCAGGACCAAGGCUGUGCUCGAUCACGAGGAGCGCAACGUAUACCGGGUGUCUGUAAAAGCGACCGAUGCUGGACAUUUGCCGCGACACAGCAUCCGUGCAUUGCGAGUCGAAGUCCUGGCGCUCGCAGAUAAUCGACCAACCUUCACCAGCAGCAGUCUUACCUUUAACGUGCGCGAGGAUGCAAGUAUCGGGCACGUAGUGGGAUCGGUGUCGGGAGCGGGUCCUGCGGGUCGCGUAGCCUUCACCUUAGAUUCACUGAUGCCGAUCAGCGAGUUUCCAGCUUUUGACGUCGACCGAAGCUCAGGCCAGUUAGUGGUCGCGCAUUCCCUCGAUCGCGAGAACGUUAGUGAAUACCACUUGGAGAUCCGUGCGUUGGACACGACCUCGAUCGGGAAUCCUCAAAGCAUCGCCGUAUCCGUGAAGAUCGUCAUAGAGGAUGCCAACGACAACGCACCGAGGUGGCCGCAAGAUCCGAUAACAAUUCGCGUGUCCGAAAAGGCAGCGAUCGGCUCGACUAUUUAUAAUCUCACGGCCAGCGAUUUAGAUAGCGGUUUGAACGGCGAUCUUAGAUAUGGACUCGUAGAUGAGUUUCCAUCCAAGGGCUGUUUUGCUGUGGACUCUUUGACGGGCGCUCUGACGCUAGCUAAGCAACUGGAUAGAGAGGAAAGAGCGGAUUAUACUUUGAUCCUCAAAGCUUCGGACCGUGCACCACUAGGAGAACAAUUAGCCUCCACGGUUACCGCAAGAAUCAUCGUCCUUGAUCAAAAUGACAACAAUCCUGUCUUCGUCGCGCCGGAGUCUACCAAAAUAGCCGUCGCAUCGAAUCUUCCGUUAGGUACAAGCCUGGUAAGAGUCGUCGCCGUAGACAAAGAUUCUGGCGACAACGGUCGAGUGUCUUACGUGAUAACUUCAGGCAAUGAAGAGACACAUUUCAAUGUGGGCUACGAGUCGGGCAUUGUGAACCUCGCAAAGCCCGUCACGAGACCCACGGAUCUCGAAAUCACGGCUAAUGAUCAUGGAUCGCCGCCUCGUAAGGCUGUAUUGAAGCUGAGUCUAAUUCCUGUGACGACGCAGAUAAGUGGGCCUCCUCGAUUAUUAUUGUUCAAUCCCAUCGCCAGGAUCUCCGAGAACUUGCACAUUGGGGCGCCCGUACUGAACGUUGCGGAAUCAACAGAUCAAACUAACGUCACCUUCAUGAUUCUGAAUGAUGUGGCCUUGAAUCAGUUUUCCAUUACGUCCAGUGGUCUAGUCAUUCUUCGGGGUUCCCUGGAUCGCGAGAAAGUCGCACGUUAUUCCGUUUCCAUUCUGGCGAGAUCUAGCAAAUUUCUAGACGUUACUACUCUGGAGGUGAUUGUGCUGGACGAGAACGACAACAGUCCAGAAUUUCGACCAGGUUCUUGUUAUACUCUCGCUGUACCAGAAAACCAAGAAGCUUCCGUGAUCCAUACCGUAGCCGCAACUGAUCUUGACGAGGGAAAGAACGGUGAAAUCUUCUACAGUAUCGUAGGCGGCAAUAACGGUGCCAAAUUUACGUUGGAUCCAACCACCGGUGUAUUGUCGAUGUCAAAUUUGGAUCGUGAGACCGUGCCCAAGUAUAUCCUAUUAAUUUCGGCCAAGGACAAGGGAAGCCCGAGCCGAGAAGCGCGCUGUAAUCUCACCGUAAACGUUCUGGACAUCAACGACAACGCUCCGACCUUCGUGAAGAAUCAGUACACUGAGUCUUAUGAGCACAACGACUUUUCGUAUGGAUCGCCAAACUAUCCGGCGAAUUUCUAUUUCGCCAAAUACAUGACGACCAUCUCGGAAGACGUUGCGCCGGAUUCGAGCGUGAUGUCUGUAAAGGCGACAGAUCCAGACCAGGGUGUAAACGGGAAGAUCACAUAUGCCAUCGCCAAGGAAACAAGCUGGCUCUUCAGGGUCGACAACCUGACCGGUGUUAUUACUACGGCCGGUUCAUUGGACCGUGAACGCCAAAGCGUCUAUAGCUUCCAUGUAAUCGCUACAGACAGUGGCAAGUACGAUGCGAAGAGCACUUCGGUAAUCGUCGAAAUCAACGUUGGCGACGUCAACGAUAACGCGCCAAUUUUCAAAGAAUAUCCCUUUCGGAAGCGCGUACCCAUCGGUAUACAACCCGGUCAAAAUAUUCUACGAGUAUCGGCCAACGACGCUGAUGAUGGUGCCAAUGGAGAUAUCGUGUAUUCGUUCCUACACGAGCAGGAGAAGCCAAAGUUUCGAAUACACCCCAACACCGGUGAAAUAACGGCACGUCAGUCGCUGUCGCAGGAUAACGGCAGGAUCUACCGUUUGGAGAUACUAGCCAGAGACAAAGGCAACCCGCUCAAGAGCGCCAAAGGCUUAGUCGAGCUUCAGAUCGGCGACUUCGUGGAUCUAGCGCCGGCCUUGAAAUUUCAGAAUGACACGUACAGCGUCGUCGUUCAAGAGAACUCCGCAGCUGGCACAGAGCUCAUUCAGAUCACCGCAGUUCGCACCGAUGGCAGAAGGCAGCAUGUAUCCUACUCGAUCGUGUCAGGAAACGACUUCGACACCUUCGCGAUCGAUGCGGGUACCGGUUUGUUGCGCGUCAAUAAUCCUACAAGACUCGAUGCGGAGCUCUGGAACGACCUAACGGUGAGGCUUAGCAGCGAGCCGGACGACGCGACCCGCACCAACUCCUGGGGCAGAUCUCUGGAAGACCAGCAACCGAAAGAGCCUAGAGAAAGUUCGAGGCAUGUACUCAAUGUAAUGGCGAAAACAGCGGGACCAGAUGUCCUGGAGGCAUAUGUCAAAGUGGUUGUUAGAUUGUCUGAUGUCAACGAUAAUCCGCCGAUUUUCACGCAAACGCAAUACUCGGCUACUGUGCUUGAAGGCAACGUUAAAGGAGAUUUCGUCGUUAAGCUUUCAGCAAGUGACGCUGACCAAGGUCUGAAUAGCAGAAUUUUAUAUCAUAUUGUGGAUGGUAAUCCGGAUAACGCCUUCACCAUAAGUCCGCCGUAUAGCGGAGUUGUAAGGACCAAUAUAGUCUUGGAUCGUGAAGUUCGCGAAAAAUAUAGACUGACUAUCAUCGCGACAGAUCAAGGAAAUCCACAAUUAACUGGCACAGCUGCAUUGAGUGUACAAGUAAUUGAUAUCAACGACAAUCAGCCCACCUUCCCAAAACACAAUAUCAUUUCAGUCUCUGAAGGUACAAUCAUGGGAACUGUACUGACGACCAUCACGGCGAACGACGUUGACAGUUCGCCGGAGUUGACGUAUAGAUUCGGCAACUUGACGAACCCGGGACCCUUCAGCAUCGAUCGAUACGGCGGCAAGGUCGUUCUACGGAAGCGUUUGGACGCCGAGACGCGUUCCGAGUAUAGUCUUCAGGUGAUCGCCAGCGAUGGGAUUCACGAGGCGACGACCGACCUCAUCGUUCGUGUGACCGAUCUCAACGACAAUGCGCCGCGAUUCGAACAGGUCGUCUACGUAGCUGUCCUCUCAGAAGGGCAAGGCAAUCUGCAGGAAAUUUUAACGGUGAAUGCUACGGACGACGAUCUUUCGGAAGAGAACAGCCGAGUACGAUACUAUCUGUUGCGACCUGUAAAAGGAUUUUCGGUACAUCCCGUGACCGGUGUUCUGACUGUUAAUCGCACGGCGAUACCCAGACCAAUGCCGAAAGAAAUGGACUUGGCGAUUGUCGCGGAGGAUCAUGGCAAGCCUCCGGCAUCGUCGAUAUGCUCAGUUAUUGUACGACUUAGCAAUCUAAAGAACGCCCUUCCAGGACGAGAGCACAAGAUCACAGUAAAAGAAAAUUCACCAAAAGGCACGACGUUGAUGAAGCUCUCCGACGUAGAUUUAUUGGAUGGCGCAAUCGUUGUGGGCGAUGAUAGCGGAACAUUCGAAAUAUCUAGAGGCAGACUGAUCUUGUCCAGGACACUCGAUCGCGAGACCAAGGAUAGAUACGUAUUACGAUUGAGCAACAAAAGUGAAAACAUGACGACAGACUCGCUGAUAGGAGACGAGCCAGUAAUAGUAACAAUAAUCGUAGAGGACGUGAACGAUAAUUAUCCGUACUUCCUGAAAGAGCUGUAUCAAGUAUCGAUUAAGGAAGAUGCUCCACGUGGAACUACCAUUGCCGUCCUACCUGUCAAGGACGAUGACUUAGUCGGCACACCGGCGGCUACGUUGACGUAUGACAUUACUUCAGGAAAUGACGGCGGUCUCUUUCGGGUCGAGAGAACGACCGGCUCCGUCUUGGUGAACGCCACGCUCGAUUGCGACCUCGAGCCCGAAGUCUACAAUCUUGUGGUGAUGGCUUGCGACAGCGAUCCGGUAUCACCUUUCUGCGCGCUCGCAAUACUUCGCGUUCAUCUGGAAGACGUGAACGACAACUCGCCAAAGUUCCCCGUUUCUGAGUAUCUCGAGUUUGUCGGCGAGAACGAGCCGAUCGGCACGACUGUGUUUUCAGCGCGUGCCUCGGAUUUAGAUCGUGGCAUCUUUGGAUCAUUGAAUUACUCCAUCGUUUCCGCCGCUGCGAGCGGAUUCUCCGACAUCGACGACAGUUGGAAGCUAUUCACGGUUGACGAGAAGUCGGGCAUUGUCACCACCCGCGCCAUGUUCGAUUACGAACAACGGAAUCGAUACGCUUUUACGUUACGUGCCACAGACAUGGGCGGUCGUUCCGCGGCUGUGCGCGUUAGGGUAGAAAUCGACUCGAGAGAUGAAUUCUUUCCGCAAUUCACUGAAAGAAUGUAUAGAUUCGGAAUAAGGAGCGGAAUUCCGAUAUUGCCUGGCACCGUAAUCGGUCACGUAACAGCAACUGAUCGUGAUAAAGGACCGGACGGUCGGGUCGUGUACCAGUUAACAUCUCAGCAUCCAUAUUUCAAAUUAAAUCGCACUACCGGCGCAUUGAUCGUGAAGCAAAAGUUGAUGCAUGAUAUCGGCGUUGAAGAAUCGUCAAGAUUAAUAGUCAGCGCGAGUUCCGGUAGACAAGGCUCCCUGUCUAACGUAACGGUAGUGGAAAUCAUUAUGAUGGACGACAACGAAAUAAACGGAAUUAGAGGAGCUAUUACUUUAGCGACACCGGAUGUCGAUUCGAAUAUGGCUGUGGCCACUCCCGGUGGCUUGGCCGAUUGGGUUCUAGGUCUAUUAAUUGCUCUUCUUCUUCUCAUUCUGGCUUUUGGCGCUAUCUUUCUCUAUCUUCACAUUCGUAAUCGUCGUCACAAAAAGCCCGGCACGAAGCCAGGUCUGAAUGGUGAAAACAAUGCCACUGCGUCUAAUAGUUACGUGGACCCGAGCGCAUUUGACACGAUUCCGAUUAGAAGUGUGACUGGAGUCGGUGCGAACGGAAACAAUAGUUCCGGAAGCGCCGGAGGAGCAGGUGGCACAUCUUGCCAAUUUGCUCCUCCGAAAUACGACGAAAUACCACCAUACGGGACAUCCGGUCAAUCCGGGCAACAGCAGGCUACCUCCGAGCUUUCUGGAAGCGAUCAAUCGGGUUCCUCUGGCAGAGGAUCUGCUGAGGAUGACGGAGAUGACGAGGAGAUUAGAAUGAUCAACGAGGGACAGCAAACUGCCGAUUCCGCGAGCGACCUUUCGGUUCACAAUACUCAGGAAUACUUAGCUAGAUUGGGCAUUGUGGAUCCCCCAGCUGGUACGCCUAGGAGACCCCCCGAAGCUCUUCCCCUGGACAGUCUGCAUCUAUUUGAAGAUGAGGCAAGCACUGAGGCAGAUAUAGCGACAUUGAUUUAUGGCAAGAUUGGAGAACCUGGACGAUCUACUUCGGGUCUGGAAGUACCGGGUGGGCCGUCGAUGAAUGGCUCUCUGAGCUCCAUCGUGCACAGCGAAGAGGAACUCACCGGGUCGUACAAUUGGGAUUAUUUAUUAGAUUGGGGACCGCAAUAUCAACCAUUAGCUCACGUGUUCAGUGAAAUUGCCAGGUUGAAGGACGACGCCGCCAGCGUUCAGAGUGGGAACUCUGGCAGUAGCGGUAAAACCAAGUCUGUACAUAAAGCACCGCCACCGCCGUUGCUUACGUCAGUCGCUCCGAGAUCAUUAGCGGCGCCGGCGUUAGCGAGAGGAAUCCUGCCGAGGUCACCAAUCAGCCAUGAUGCUUCUACUUUUCCCUCCGCCGCUCUAAGUCCAAGUUUUUCACCCUCAUUAUCACCUCUGGCCACAAGAAGCCCCAGUAUCAGCCCUCUCGUGCCACCCACCACCCAGAGAUCCAGUCAAAGUGCCAACCGAGGAAUUCCCGUUACCGAUGCCGAACUAAGGAUCUGAGGAUAUUUCGCGCACAAGUUAGUAGUGUUAAUCCAGUGAUGACUCACCGAGUAAAUAAUAUCGGUAAGACAAUGCGGUACCUCGUAUAAAGCAGUGCGAAUGAUAUUCCUGUUAAUAUACGUUGUUUAAAUGCGAUCGAAUAUAUGAAUGUUGCUUUUUUAGACUGUGUGAAUGAUGUAACUCAUGGAUAUUAAUGAGUGAUUUUAAUUUAGGAAUUUUAAUUUGACCGGCCAUCAAAGAAUUUAGUGACCGAAUUGUUUUUCUCGUCACACGCAAACGUUGCCUUCCCGUGAUAAAUUAUUCCAUUUUCUUCCAUGUAUCUAUAAUGUGCGCCUUUUUACAUCGGUUUCAAAUCGGUUAGAUUAGAGGGGCUUCUUGGCAAGAUAUACUUGGUGGCCUUCCGAGAACUGGCAAUUGAGUAAAUCCCAGAUGAUUUGAACCUGGAUCUUUAGGCGCAGAGAGUAUAAAUUCUCUACGCCAAUGCACAGCGAUAAAUUAUUAUUUGUAAUUAAUUAACAAAGUGUUGACUUUAGAGAUAAUUUGAAUUUUAUCAUAAAAGAUGAUAAGAAUAUAUAUCACUCAUAGAAGUGAAACAGUAAGCGGAAAAGCAGCGAUUGCGCCUCGACGAUUCCGUAUUUAUUGUAUGUACAAUACGGAUGCAUCCCUUAUCCGAAUCGCAAUUGAUAGCUAACUGAAAGAAAGUACUUCUUUCUGAACGGAAUGUAUAUAAAUAUUCGCCAACUGCGACGACAUUUAGUCAUUAAGUAGCAUUGUAAAUAAUAAUUUGCGCGAAUAAUAAUGUUGUCAUAAUCAAAAAAUAGACUGUUCUUAUGUAAACGGGAAACUGUAAAUGAUCGCGUCAUGUUCGUCGAGUUGCGUAAAUGUGUACAGUUAAUAAUUUACUUUUAUAAUAUUAAAUUGUGGAUACACGAACAUGGCGAUAUCAUUCGAGUCGAAAAAAUACGCGCUACUACGAACGAACUGAUUACACCGGAUUUCGUGGUAACGCAUCUCUAAAGCUGCCUAUAUAACUUCGUUGAUUAAUUGUUAUUUCAGUCCUGUCUUCCGAGCGCAAUUUCGAUGUAACGGGAGAUGAAAUUUCAGCCAGGUACAUAUAUAUAUAUAUAUAUAUAUGCACUGAUUAUAUAUAAAUAUGUCAUAUUUUGUAUAAAUCGCUCUGUGUACAAAGACUCUCCCGAGCCGAGGGCCUUACGCGAUGUGGGCCUUAAAUAAAUGA